GAGCGGAGGAGACCCCGCGCAGUGCUGCCAACGCCCCGGCGGAGAAGCUGAGUAAAUUUUACCGUGCUGCUUCUCUGGACCUCCCUGCUUGUGACAUCAGAGAUCACAUUAGAUUUGAAAUACUGAAAGUGAAUAUAAAAAGGCUUCAGCAAUGCAGACUAUUAAAUGUGUUGUUGUGGGUGAUGGUGCUGUUGGUAAGACAUGUCUUCUGAUUUCAUACACAACAAACAAAUUUCCAUCUGAAUAUGUACCAACGGUGUUUGACAACUAUGCAGUUACGGUUAUGAUUGGUGGAGAGCCAUAUACUCUUGGAUUGUUUGAUACUGCAGGACAAGAAGAUUAUGACAGAUUACGACCUCUCAGUUAUCCACAGACAGAUGUGUUUCUUGUCUGUUUUUCAGUGGUAUCCCCAUCCUCAUUUGAAAAUGUGAAAGAAAAGUGGGUACCAGAGAUUACUCACCACUGUCCAAAGACUCCUUUUUUGCUUGUUGGGACCCAAAUUGAUCUCAGAGAUGACCCUUCAACUAUUGAGAAACUUGCCAAGAACAAACAGAAGCCCAUCACUCCAGAGACUGCUGAAAAGCUGGCCCGAGAUCUGAAGGCUGUCAAAUAUGUGGAGUGUUCUGCGCUCACACAGAAAGGCCUAAAGAAUGUAUUUGACGAGGCGAUACUGGCUGCCCUGGAGCCUCCAGAACCGAAGAAGAGCCGCAGGUGUGUGCUGCUAUGAACAUCCCUCCAGAGCCCCCUCUGCAAAGCUGGUGUCGGCAUCAUACUAAAAGCAAUGUUAAAUCAAACUAAAGAGAAAUUAAAAUUCGUUUUUGCAAUAAUGACAAAUGCCCUGCACCUACCCCCACACUCUAGUGUGAGAUAUGGCCUAGGGGCCCCCAGUUUCCCUCCAACUUGGUUUAAAUGCUAGUUAAUUUUGAGUAAUUAUGUAUUGUCAGAAAACUGAUCAGUACUAGUUUUUUAUUUUUGUUUACUGUUUCUAAUUUUUUUUUUUUUUUUGGUUGAAAAAGCAAGGCAUGCUUAUGAUGACUCUGUAACAGACUAAUUCUAGGCUUAAAAUUUUUGAAGCUGCUCCCUGGUGCCAAUCUGGCAAGUAAUCUGGGAAUUAUUAUUAUUUUUUUUCCUUCAGUUUUUUUUUUUUUGGGGGGGGGUGGUAUUGCGGUUUUUUGGGGGGGUGUUUUUUUUUUUUAAUCUAUUAGCCAGUGGAUAAAUUUUUUUUGAGGGGGGGUGGUUUGGAGGGGAGGGAAGAAGUUGGAUUCUACUUCCCAGAUCUGGUUCAGGAAACAGAUACUCCCCUCCUGGUGCUCUUUAGGAAGGAGUAUAGGGAAUACUCCCCCCUCAAUAACUUAUACUCCUUUUUGAAAGUUGCCUUUUUGUUCCCCACUCUGAGUAGGUCCAGUGUUGAUUGAAACCAUCCCAAGUGGGGUGAAGCAUGUAUUGCCCCUUCUCCUUCCCCCUAUUGUGGGAUGCACUGUAUUUUUGACUAUGAUACUGAGAUUUGCCAGUUGCUGCUUUUGAGGUUAAGGUUCAAACUUUAUUCAUCAAUAAGUGAAGAAAACCUGUACCUUUGGAACCACACCAGAUGGGUUUAGAUUAGAAUUUUAAAAAGAAAAUCUUAUUUUUCCUGUCACUCCUGGUCUGAUCACCUGAGCCAAGAUGCGCAGUUUAUCAUGGUUCAUGAAACACAGCUGGUGAACCUGGUGUGUUGAAACUUAAGGAUAACAGGAGUGCUGCUGGCAGAAGAAAGUUUACAAAAUGAUUCUGAUCAUUUUCAAGAGAACUUGGGAUGGACAGCCAACUUCAUCAAGAAGCUUGGUAGGAGGGAGAUGUAAUAUCAUAGGGACCAGUUAGGGGAACCCCCUUUAUCUGUGUUUUGCAUAUGAGAUACCCCAGAACCAGAGGCUGGGGCUCUAAUAUAAUAAAAAUCAUGGGAAGAAGUCUUAUUGAAGACUCCAGUGUUAAUAGGGAUUUUAUCAGAAAACUAUUGGUUUGCAGUUUCCAAUUUUUUUAAAUAUCUAGGGAUUCUCAUUCAUCUUCCCCAAAUCCUAAUUCUUGUAGAUUCAUUAGUGUUGAACCAAUGCUUUUCUCAUGUCUCAAUUCUUUGUAUAUGCAUUCUUUUCAGAUGUAUUAAACAAAACAAAAAAAAAAAUACCUUCACAAACCCGCCUGAGGGUUGUUAUUUGCUCCCUUCUCCACUGCCUCUCACUUUUCAGCUUAUUUAAAGAUUGGGAACUUGACUCUCAGGCACCAAUUUUUAGCAUUGAAUAAAAGAGGCAAAACUUUAAAAGCUUCA